AUGUCCACCGCCCCAUGCACCAUCCUCGUCGUCGGCGCGACAGGCCAACAAGGGGGUUCCGUGCUCGCCGAGCUUUCUCGACAGCUAUCGACCACGCCCGAGGCCAAGGUCAAGGUCCUCGCGCUAACUCGGACGGCUUCCUCGCCCAAAGCACAGGCCCUGCCCUCCAAGUACCCUUCCCUAGACCUAAGCGUCGUGGAAGGCGACGCUCGGCAUCCGGAGCCCAUAUUCGAGGCUCACCCGGACAUCGAUGCCGUGUUCAGCUACACGACGCCACCGGACGAGGAACCGCAGGCCACACACCUCGUCGAUGCGGCGUGUGCGCACGCCUCGCCUGAGAAACCGACGCAUUUCGUCUUUUCGAGCGUAGAUCGUGGCGGCGAACCGAAGUCCUGGGACACGCCUACUGAUGUCCCACAUUUUGCGCAGAAGCACAAUGUUGAGCUGCAUCUGCGCACCGUCGCCGAGGGCUCGGAUGGUAAACUGACUUACACGAUCCUCAGGCCUGUCGCUUUCAUGGAUAAUCUGAACCCAGGCGGUACUUUCGGCAUGGUAUUCGCCAGCCUCUGGAGCACCAUGUCCGCGUCUUGCAAGCUACAACUCGUCAGCGUGCGGGACAUCGGGGUCUUCGCCUCUAAAGCCCUUCUCCACCGCGCCGAUCCGCGUUUCCGCAACCGCGCCCUCGGGCUCGCAGGCGACGAGCUGACGCUCGAGGAGGCGCGCGCCGUGUACGCGCGCGUAGCCGGGGGAGGAGGAGCGGCGCUCCCGCAGGCGUGGACUGUGGUGGGGUGGGCGGUGCGCGGGCUGGUGGCGCGCAACAACGUGGGGUCUAUGUUUCGCUGGUUCGAGACGGAUGGGUACGGCGUCGAUAUCGAUGCGCUGAGGGCCGAGGAGCCGCGGGUGCAGAAUUUGGAGGCGUGGUUGAGGGAGAGUAGUAAGUUUGAGUUUGCAAGCGGGGAGGAAAGGGACGGAUGA